AUGCGGGUCAUACAUCGCUUCCUGGCCUUGUUCACCCUGGCUUUGACUUCGGCCACGAUCCUCCAGAAUGGCCAAGUGAGAGAGAAUCCAUACCCUGGCCAAGUAUCAGCCAUCGAUCUGGACGAUUCAUGGAAUACUUACCCACCAGAUUCCCCGGAGAUCUCCUACAAGGGCCGCUGGGAUAGCAAGCACGUUUCCUGGUGGUCCGCGCCGGGACUUAAAGUUGAAUUUUCCGGGGAUAAGCUGGCUCUCAGCUUUGGUCAAAGCACCACUCCAGGCGUACUGGUCGCUUACCGUAUCGGUUCUCUCGAUUGGCAGUUCUCGAACGUCACUGCCGACUCCACAUAUCAAUUUGUUGGGCCGUGGUCUGAACUGAAUGAUGGAGAGGAAACCCCCGAGAAGAAUGUGUUUGAGAUGCGAGUUCAAAUUGCCGGUGUCGCUGUCGCUAGUGAUGCCGCUUUAUCCAAGCCUCUUACGUUUGAAAAGCGGAUCGAGGUCAUCGGUGGCUCUCUCGCAUCUGGUCAAUUUGCAACUUAUGAGACCCUUUCUUCCUGGUCUUUCCUCUUUGCCAAUGGCCUUGGUAACGUCGAAUACGGAAUAACGGCGUAUCCCGGUGUUUGCCUUGCCGAUCUUCAAUGCUACGGGGGUGGCACCCAUGGUGUGCAAUGGUUCUGGCACCAUGCCUCUGAUCCUGGAUCUCGCGCUUCUGCAGCUUACGGCCAUGAGCCCGAGGAGUGGGACGUCGGCGCAGAACAGCCUGCUGAUUUGGUAAUUAUCCAGAUGGGUGGCAACGAUCACCGCCAUCCCAACGAUAUCCCAGGGCGAAAUUACUACCACGCCUACGUCGAUCUGGUGGAUGAUAUCCACUCCGUCUGGCCUCAUGCCGUGGUAAUUCUCAUGUCUCAAUGGGGAACAUUCACCAAGCAGAACAAGAAGUACGUCGGUAGUACGUACUACCUCGAAGAGACGAAGCAGGUAUACGAACACUUCAAAGACCGUGGAUUCGUCUACUACUUUCCCACCGAGGGCCUUCUGGCCCACAAUGACAUUAACCCCAAGAAUCAUCUUACGGAUGUGGGUCAUGUCAAAAUCGCUAGUCAUUUGCUGCAGUGGGUAAAGUUGGUUCUGAGAUGGAAGAUUGAGCCAACGAGCGAAGUCCAGUCCGGAACGACUUAUUGGAAUGAUCAGCAGGAGUAUUGA